ACAACAGGGAGCUGCUGACAUUAUCCGAGAGGCGGCAGCAGGAGAAAGCGGUUCAGUGACCGGGAGGCUAGCUACCCGUCCACCGGUAAUAGCACCAAACCAACGCAUCUCAUAGGUAGGCUUGGUGGUGUGACGCUUUUAAACAUACUUUCAUUUUGAUCUAUUUUGUUUUCCUCCCCGGAAAAGUUGUCAUUAUUGACUAUGGAACGCUCUUGUAGUGUGAAAAGCAGGGAUAGCAUCACUCACCAAGACCACGAACCUGCUCCUCCCUAUAGCCGGGGACACACCCCUCCACCGUUGCAACGGAGAUCAAGGCGCACUAUGGUGGAUGUGACAAAAUGGCCGCUGUUUAGCCUGAUGGAAGGCGAGGAGCUCUCGUCCAUACGACAGGCCUGUGUGUUUGGAACCUCCGCCAACGAGGUCAUCUACAUCACCCACAAUGAUGAUGUGUAUGUGUUUGGGCUGAACUGCAGUAACUGCCUGGGAACAGGGGAUAGCCAAAGCACCAUCCUACCUAAGAAGCUGGACUUUCUGAGUGGGAGGAAAGUGGUCAGCCUCAGCUAUGGCAGUGGACCCCACAUCCUCCUGGCCACUGAGGAGGGCGAGCUGUUUGCCUGGGGCCACAAUGGCUACAGUCAGCUGGGGAAUGGGACCACCAACCAGGGGGUCGCUCCUGUGCUGGUGUCUGCCAGCCUUCUCAACAAGAGGGUGACGGAAGUGGCCUGUGGUUCACAUCACUCCCUGGCCCUGACCAACACUGGAGAGGUGUAUGCCUGGGGCUACAAUAACUGUGGCCAGGUGGGGUCAGGGUCCACGGCCAACCAGCCCACCCCCAGGAGAGUGUCCAACUGUCUGCAGAACAAGGUGGUCGUCAGCAUCACCUGUGGUCAAACCUCCUCUCUGGCUGUGGUUGAGAAUGGAGAGGUGUAUGGCUGGGGCUAUAACGGAAACGGCCAACUGGGGCUCGGAAACAACGGGAAUCAGCUGACACCUUGUCGCCUGGUGGGCUUGCAGGGUCUCUGUGUGCUACAGAUAGUGUCUGGCUAUGCCCACUCCUUGGCCCUAACGGACGAGGGGCUGCUGUAUGCCUGGGGGACCAACACCUAUGGCCAGCUGGGCACAGGCAACAAGAGCAACCAACUCAGCCCAGUCCAGAUCAUGGCUGAGAAGGAGAGCAGGAUUGUAGAGAUUGCAGCAUGCCACUCCACACACACCUCAGCAGCUAAGACUCAGAGUGGCCAGGUGUACAUGUGGGGCCAGUGUAGGGGUCAGUCCAUCGUCUUGCCCUUCCUCACACACUUCUCCUGCACUGAUGACGUUUUUGCUUGCUUUGCCACGCCCUCUGUCAUGUGGAGGCUGCUCUCUAUGGAGCAUGAUGACUUCCUGACAGUGUCCCAGUCUUUAAAGAAGGAAUUUGACAGCCCAGAGACUGCCGACCUCAAGUUCAGCGUGGAUGGCAAAUACAUCAAUGUGCACAAGGCUGUGCUCAAGAUCAGGUGUGAGCACUUCAGGUCCAUGUUCCAGUCCCAUUGGAAUGAAGACAUGAAGGAGGUGAUAGAGAUCGACCAGUUCACCUACCCCGUCUACCGCUCCUUCCUAGAGUUCCUCUACACAGACAACAUAGACCUGCCCCCAGAGGAUGCUAUCGGUCUGCUGGACCUGGCCACAUCCUACUGUGAGAACCGCCUGAAGCGUCUCUGUCAGCACAUCAUCAAGAGAGGCAUCACCAUAGAGAACGCCUUCUCUCUGCUCGCUGCUGCCGUGCGCUACGACGCAGAGGUCAGUCCCGCUUCCACACCUAGCAACAGGACCUGGAGGAGUUCUGCUUUAAGUUCUGUGUGAACCACCUGACGGAGGUGACCCAGACUGCAGCCUUCUGGCAGAUCGAAGGCAACCUUCUCAAAGAGUUCAUCAGCCGAGCUAGCCGCUGUGGAGCCUUCAAGAAUUGAGCGCUGAACCGGCUCAUCUGUCUCCAUCACAGGGGGCUACGCUAGGCUAAACACGCUCUGGUCUGCCAUCUGAUAUGAGCCACCAGGCUCCGUUAGCUGUAGCGUCUGCCAAUUUACUGCAGAUGAUGGGUGGCAAAGGAUGUUAAGUAGUUACCCUAACCCCUGUUACAGAACUGUUCAGAGGGGUUAUUAGAUAUUUAUAUCGUCUUCCAUCUCCCUCUGUGGGUUGGUAGUUACAUCUUGCAGCUUUGGAGGCCAGAGUUCUUUGCAAGUAUUUUGUUUCCCUUCUUGAUGAGUGGGGAGCACGUUUGCACUUUCUGAUAUGGUGCAGUGGGUUCUGGGAAAGCCUGUGUGAGAUUGAUUAUAUAACUUGUCACUACUGACAGAUAGCGAUCUUCAGUGUUCUAAUUGAACGGUGGGUCUCAGGUUAUUAGAUCCAGUCUUACGGAUUGAUUCAAUCAGAUCCGCUUUAGCCAACAUCUGCAUAGUGGUUGUUUUUGGGGUGUCGGAGGUGGAACUGCGUUAGCUGUCAAAUCCACAAGUGGUUCCCGGUCUUAUACCUAAAGCGGACAUGGUGGAACAAACUCCCUCACGACGCCAGGACAGCGGAGUCAAUCACCACCUUCCGGAGACACCUGAAACCCCACCUCUUUAAGGAAUACCUAGGAUAGGAUAAGUAAUCCUUCUCACCCCCCUUUAAGAUUUAGAUGCACUAUUGUAAAGUGACUGUUCUACUGGAUGUCAUAAGGUGAAUGCACCAAUUUGUAAGUCGCUCUGGAUAAGAGAGUCUGCUAAAUGACUUAAAUGUAAAUGUAACAUUGCCAUUGGCUGCACGGAGUCACAUUAACAUAAAUCCCAUGUAGCCUUGUUUACAAGUUUGAACACUGGAAUGUGAGAUGUAAUCUUCACCUCGAUUAAGACUAUAGAAAUCCUCAUUAUUUAGUUUCAUGAUUUUUCAAUUUGACUGCCCACCUUCUUGUUCUGAACUUCUAACAGGACUGGGUGUGGUUUCAUGACAAUGAUCAAGUGCAGCUGCUCACCGAUCUAAUGGUUCCACCACAGUUCAACCUCCAACACAUCCACCAUGCUGGUGUCGGUUAUUGAUCUGAUUGAACCUAGGCCUUAAUCUGUUAGAGCAAUAAAAAUGUUGUACUUGUGUGAAAUCACAUCAUUCCCAAAAAGAGCAACAACAAAAACCUGUGCAUAGGGUCAAUGUAAACUCUAUGACAGAGUUCUUGGAGAACGUUGUGUUGGCUGGGUUUUUGAAUGCAAUAUUUUCAGCCUAUGUUACAGAUGAUUUCAGACAUUUUAGGUAUUGUUACUUUUCAGUAAUGUUUGCACUAUAUCUCAGCUGUACAGAACUGAUAAUCACCUAUUUUUUAUGUUCAUUAAAGACAACUUGUAGAUAUUUAGUUACACACACUGAGUGUGAGAAAGCUGGGUGAAGGCUGCUUUGUUGUGAGGAGCUGCUGAGAUUCCAGUUGAGUUUUUAUAUGAUUCCAACUGACAGUAAUUCAUUUCUAUGCCAAUUCUAUAGAGUGGUGUGCCAGUUAACUUUCCUCAAUAUGACCAAUACAAAUGACCUUAUUGGAUCCUGUUCUGAGGGCAGCACACAGUUGAUCUGUUGGAUAAAAGCUCUGUGGGCAGAGCCUAAAGUGACAGACCAGUGGGCGGAGUAUAAGUGAGUCAAAGAAAAGGGUGGUGGGCUGGAGGUGGGUGUAAGACAAGGGCUCAAUUCAAUCCCACCGCCGAAGUUCAGCGCUAUAGCGGUAAUUUUCGACUGAGCCGACAUGCAACGUUUACCGUGUAUGCAGUUUCCGCUACCACGGAAAUCUUGUGAUGCAUUUUUUUUACAUGGUUGACAUAUUGGAGAUAAGACAAGUACUGGAAACAGAACAGCUGACUUUGAAUAGGCUUUUGAUAAAGUUGACUGGAGUUUAAAUAUUUCAGGCAUUUAGUUAUAAACUUCUCAAAGUUUUAAACUGUCAAGAGAAGUAAAACAAGGUUGUCCGCUAUCAUAUCAAAGGGUUAGAAAUCCAGGGCUUGAAAACAAAGUUGUCAUUGUACACUGACUCAUGUUCUUUUAAAUCAACAAUAUGGAUCCCUGCGCGAUCUAGAUCAUUUUUAUAAACUCUGGAUUAAAACCUAA